GAUCCAAACAAUAAGAAACCUGUUAUGGUGUAUAUCCAUGGAGGGUCUUAUAUGGAAGGUACUGGAAAUAUGAUUGAUGGAAGCAUACUUGCAAGUCAUGGAAAUGUCAUAGUGAUAACACUUAACUACAGGCUAGGUGUUUUAGGUUUUUUAAGUACAGGAGACCAAGCAGCGAAGGGUAACUAUGGACUUCUUGACCAAAUACAAGCACUGCGAUGGAUUGAAGAAAAUAUUGGAGCUUUUGGUGGAGAUCCAAAAAGAGUGACAAUUUUUGGAUCUGGGGCAGGAGCAUCCUGUGUAAGCCUGCUUACAUUAUCUCACUACUCAGAAGGUUUAUUCCAAAAAGCUAUCAUACAAAGUGGAACAGCCUUGUCCAGCUGGGCAGUGAACUACCAGCCUGCCAAGUAUACUAGAAUAUUGGCAGAUAAUGUGGGCUGCAACAUGCUGGAUACUAUUGACUUGGUUGAAUGCCUUCGGGAUAAGAACUACAAAGAACUCAUUCAACAGUCCAUCACGCCAGCUACAUACCACAUUGCUUUUGGACCAGUUAUUGAUGGUGAUGUAAUUCCAGAUGACCCUCAGAUUCUCAUGGAACAAGGGGAGUUCCUUAACUAUGAUAUCAUGCUUGGAGUGAAUCAAGGGGAAGGCUUAAAAUUUGUUGAUGGGAUGGUAGAUAAUGAAGAUGGUGUCUCUCCAAGUGAUUUUGACUUUUCUGUCUCUAAUUUUGUAGAUAAUUUGUAUGGUUAUCCAGAGGGAAAAGAUACUCUUAGAGAAACUAUUAAAUUUAUGUACACUGAUUGGGCUGAUAAAGAAAACCCUGAAACACGAAGGAAGACAUUGGUAGCACUUUUUACAGAUCACCAGUGGGUAGCCCCUGCUGUUGCAACAGCUGAUUUACAUGCACAGUAUGGCUCACCAACAUAUUUCUAUGCAUUUUAUCAUCAUUGCCAGAGUGAAAUGAAACCAACAUGGGCUGAUUCUGCCCAUGGUGAUGAAGUUCCCUAUGUUUUUGGCAUUCCUAUGAUUGGACCCACAGAACUCUUCAACUGCAACUUUUCAAAGAAUGAUGUCAUGCUCAGUGCUGUUGUAAUGACGUACUGGACUAACUUUGCAAAAACUGGAGAUCCAAACAAGCCAGUUCCACAAGACACCAAGUUUAUACACACAAAACCCAACCGAUUUGAAGAAGUAGCCUGGUCUAAAUAUAAUCCAAAGGACCAAUUAUAUUUACAUAUUGGCCUAAAACCUAGAGUAAGAGAUCAUUAUAGAGCAACAAAAGUGGCUUUCUGGUUAGAAUUAGUGCCACAUUUGCAUAACCUAAAUGACAUAUUUCAGUAUGUAUCAACAACUACAAAGGUACCUCCUCCUGAUAUGACAUCAUUCCCCUACGUAACAAGACGGUCUCCUGUAAAGUCAAGGGCUACAACAAAACGUCCAGCUAUGACACCAGCAAAUAAUCCCAAGGAUACCCAGAAAAAUGUUUUAGGUGAAACAGCCAUCAUUACAGAAGACAAACGUGAUUACUCCACAGAACUUAGUGUCACAAUUGCUGUAGGAGCAUCUUUGUUGUUUCUCAAUAUUUUGGCCUUUGCUGCUUUAUAUUACAAAAAAGACAAGAGACGCCAUGAAACACACAGACGUCCAAGUCCUCAGAGGAAUACAACAAAUGAUAUAGCUCAUAUACAAAAUGAAGAAAUAAUGUCUUUACAAAUGAAACAGCUGGAGCAUGACCAUGAGUGUGAGGCACUUCAAGCUCAUGAUACACUACGACUUACCUGCCCUCCGGACUACACCCUUACACUCAGGAGGUCUCCUGAUGACAUACCUCUUAUGACUCCAAAUACUAUAACAAUGAUUCCAAACACAUUAACAGGAAUGCAACCACUGCAUACCUUUAACACUUUUAGUGGAGGCCAAAAUAGUACUAAUUUACCCCAUGGGCAUUCCACCACUCGGGUAUAGCUUUGCCAAUUUUUUUCAAUUACUUGGAGAAAACAAAAACAAACAGAAAAAGAAAAAGAAACACAAAUUCUACAUCCAAAACCUUGCCCAGAAGUAGGAUGGAUGGAAUUAUUUUCUUACAAAUUCCGUCCAGAGGAACUGUCUUAUAUAAAGUUUAACUCAAGACAUGCAAAUGUGUAAAUUGCAUUUAUGAUAUUGCUAAAUGAAUACUUGCUAGAUGAUUUAUGACAAGUUAAACAUUCAGAACUGUC